AUGAAGAUCAACAUGUACAAGGAUAUCAGAUGGCAAGUAAUGUUUUUAUUUUUAUUUUCAAGAAUCUGUUACUCAGUUUCUAGUAACCUUCAGUACACAAUCCCAGAGGAAAUGAGAAAGGGUUCAUUUGUAGGAAAUCUAGCAAAAGAUUUAGGAUUGAAUAUUAAGGAACUACCUAUUAGAAAAUUUCACAUUGUUUCUCACAUUUCAGAGAAAUAUUUUGCUGUAAAUUUAGAAAAUGGAAACCUGUAUAUUAGAGAGAGAAUAGACAGAGAGGCUUUUUGUGGAGAAACAGAGCUUUGCUUGCUAAAAUUUGAUGCACUGGUUGAAAAUCCUUUAAAUGUUUUCCAUGUUAAGAUUGAAAUACAGGACAUAAAUGACAAUGCUCCAAUUUUUUUUGAUGAAAUAAUUAAGCUAGAAAUUCUUGAGUCAACAUUACCAGGAGCACGAUUUGUACUGCAAAAUGCAAGAGAUCCUGAUUUAGGAACAAAUUCUAUUCAAAGUUAUAAGCUCAGCGCCAGUCAGUAUUUUACAUUGGGACAGAGGAUCAAUGCUGAAGGUGUUAUUUCUCCAGAAAUAAUUUUAGAAAAUCAUUUAGAUCGUGAAAUGCAAAGUUCUUAUGAAGUUACAUUAACAGCCUAUGAUGGAGGAAACCCUUUACAAAGUGGGACAGCAUUAGUUAAAAUACUUGUCACAGAUGUAAAUGAUAACUUCCCUUUAUUUGCACAAGAGGUAUAUAAAGUGAGUUUAAAUGAAAAUACCCCAGUAAACACAACAGUUCUUCAGUUAAAAGCAAACGAUAAAGAUGAAGGUUCAAAUGCACAGAUCACCUAUUCCUUCAGUAAUAUUCCAGAAUAUGCUUUGAAACUCUUUAGCAUUGAUACUAAAAAUGGGGAUAUUAAAACAAAAGACAUUUUGGACUAUGAAUUGGCUAAUAAAUAUGAAAUGUUUGUGAAAGCUCAGGAUGGAGGAGGCCUUGCUUCUCAUGCAAAUGUAAUAAUAAAAAUAACAGAUGAAAAUGACAAUGCACCUGAGAUAACUGUUAAUUCCAUCAGUAGCCCAAUCACUGAGGAUUCCUUACCUAGCACAUUGGUGGCACUUAUAAAUGUCCAUGAUAAGGAUUCAGGAGAAAAUGGAGAAAUAAUAUGUCAAAUUAUAGACGUAUUGCCAUUUAAACUACUAUCAUCUUCUGAAAGUUACUACAAAAUAGUUACAACAGCUUUUAUGGAUAGAGAAAAAAUACCCCAGUAUAAUAUAACGAUUGAAGCUACUGAUAAGGGAUCUCCUCCUUUUUCCACUAGGAAAAACAUUACAUUAAAUGUAUCAGAUAUAAAUGACAAUCCCCCUGUCUUUGAGAAAAAUGCCUAUGUUGCUUAUGUAACAGAAAAUAAUUCUCCCGGAGCUUCAAUUUUUAGUAUUUUUGCAACAGAUUUGGAUACUGAAGAAAAUGGUAAACUUACAUACUCGAUUUUUAAAUUAAGCUCAGAGGAAUUACCUCUAGUGUCAAUUAAUCCGGUAACUGGAGUACUUUAUGCUCAGCGUUCAUUUGACUAUGAGCAGCAGGAUGUGUUUAAUUUGCAAGUUAUGGCAAAAGACAACGGAUCACCAUCUUUAAGCAGCAAUGUAUCUUUAAAGAUCUGUGUUGUAGAUCAGAAUGACAAUACACCCCAAAUUUUGUAUCCUUCACCUGAAAUUGAAGGUUCAAGUUUAUUUGAGAUGGUCCCUCCGACUUCUGAACAAGGUUAUCUAGUGACCAAAGUGAUAGCAGUGGAUGCUGACUCUGGGCACAAUGCAUGGCUGUCUUAUCAUUUUAUACAAACCACAGAACAAUCCUAUUUUAACAUUGAUCAGAACAAUGGUGAAAUCAGAACAUCCCGUGGCUUUCAAGAGAAAGAUGGUUUGCGGCAAAAAAUUGUUGUUAUGGUAAAAGACAAUGGAACCCCUUCUCUCUCAGCCACUACUACAUUACACCUUGUUGCAGCUGAAAGUUUUCAGCAAAUUCUUCCAGAAAUUGUAAGUCAUCCCAAAGAUUUUGACUCACAAACUAAUUUACAGUUUUAUUUAGUACUUUCCCUAGCCAUUGUUUCUUUUUUAUUUUUACUUACUGUAAUUUUGGCAGUCAUAUCAAAAUACCGAAAACUAGAAUCAUCACCAGCCUUGAACUCUUUAAAUACAAAUAUAUAUUCUCAGUUUGAUCCCAGAUUAUUUUCCAGGUUUAACAAUGGUACUUUACCAUUCUCAUAUGAUGUUUGUGUUGCCUUGGAUUCUAAUGAAACAGACAUUCAUUUUCUAAAACCUAAUCCAAAUGUGCCAGUAGCAAGUUUGAUAGACUCGGAUAAUACAGGGAAUGAAAAUGAGAGUGUAACGGAACCAGUACCUAAUAGCCUUCUUGAGGUGAGUUUAUUUAUUUGCUAUUAUACAUCAUUUAAAUAUAAGUAUCCAAAUGAAAAUGGAUCAUUUAUUUUGUAG